UUCAGGUUGGAGUAAGGGGCGUUUUGAAGUUGAGGCUGCCGUCUGCUGUCAAGUCGACAGUAAUUUUUCUCAUUUUUCAUAUAUUCAGUUCAUUAUCAUUACUCUGCCAAAAUGUCAGACUCAAAGUAUUUUACAACAACUAAAAAAGGAGAAAUCUUUGAAUUAAAAUCAGAAUUGAAUAAUGACAAGAAAGAAAAGAAAAAAGAAGCUGUUAAAAAAGUCAUUGCGUCAAUGACUGUAGGAAAAGAUGUAUCAGCAUUGUUCCCAGACGUCGUCAACUGCAUGCAGACUGAUAAUUUGGAGCUGAAGAAACUUGUUUAUCUCUACCUUAUGAAUUAUGCCAAGAGUCAACCCGAUAUGGCUAUUAUGGCAGUCAACACAUUUGUCAAGGAGCUAGCAACAUCUCCAAUGACUAAGGAUUGUGAGGAUCCAAAUCCACUGAUACGUGCCUUGGCAGUACGAACAAUGGGAUGUAUUCGUGUUGACAAAAUAACUGAAUAUCUUUGUGAACCUUUGAGAAAAUGUCUGAGGGAUGAGGACCCAUAUGUAAGAAAAACAGCGGCUGUUUGUGUUGCUAAAUUGUACGAUAUUAAUGCUUCAUUGGUUGAAGAUCUAGGAUUUUUAGACCAAUUAAAAGAUUUACUAUCAGACAGUAAUCCUAUGGUUGUUGCAAAUGCAGUAGCUGCAUUAUCAGAGAUAAAUGAAUCAAGUCCUAGUGGACAACCACUUGUUGAAAUGAAUUCACAAACAAUAAAUAAAUUGUUAACUGCUCUUAAUGAGUGUACUGAGUGGGGACAGGUGUUUAUUUUAGAUUCUUUGGCUAACUAUUCACCAAAUGAUGAUCGUGAAGCUCAAAGUAUUUGUGAACGAAUUACUCCACGAUUGGCACAUGCUAAUGCUGCAGUUGUACUUUCAGCUGUCAAGGUGCUGAUGAAACUUAUGGAGAUGUUGGAGUCAGAGUCUGAUUUUGUUGGAACAUUGACUAAGAAAUUAGCUCCACCUUUAGUUACACUUCUUAGUUCUGAACCAGAAGUUCAAUAUGUUGCGUUAAGAAAUAUUAAUUUAAUUGUACAAAAGCGACCAGAUAUUUUAAAACAUGAGAUGAAAGUAUUUUUUGUGAAAUAUAAUGAUCCUAUUUAUGUUAAAUUGGAGAAACUCGAUAUUAUGAUACGAUUAGCAUCACAGGCCAAUAUUGCCCAAGUUCUAUCUGAAUUGAAAGAGUAUGCUACAGAAGUGGAUGUUGAUUUUGUAAGAAAAGCUGUUAGAGCUAUUGGUCGUUGCGCUAUUAAAGUUGAACCGUCUGCUGAAAGAUGCGUAUCUACACUAUUAGAUCUGAUCCAAACCAAAGUAAAUUAUGUGGUUCAAGAAGCUAUUGUAGUUAUAAAAGACAUUUUCCGAAAAUAUCCAAACAAAUAUGAAAGCAUUAUUUCAACACUCUGUGAAAAUCUUGAUACUCUUGAUGAACCAGAAGCUCGUGCAUCAAUGAUUUGGAUUAUUGGAGAAUAUGCUGAGCGUAUUGAUAAUGCAGAUGAAUUACUUGAAAGUUUCUUAGAGGGUUUCCAUGAUGAAAAUACUCAAGUUCAAUUGCAAUUACUUACAGCCAUAGUGAAAUUAUUUUUGAAACGUCCUACGGACACUCAAGAACUAGUACAACAAGUAUUAAGUCUCGCGACACAGGAUUCUGAUAAUCCAGAUCUUAGAGAUCGUGGUUUUAUUUAUUGGCGAUUAUUAAGUACAGAUCCUGCUGCCGCUAAAGAAGUUGUGCUGGCUGAAAAACCAUUAAUCUCAGAAGAAACAGAUUUAUUAGAGCCAACUUUACUUGAUGAAUUAAUAUGCCAUAUAUCAAGUUUAGCUUCAGUUUAUCACAAACCACCUACUGCUUUUGUCGAAGGAAGAUCCGCUGGCGCUAGAAAAUCAUUACCUGCUCGAACUAAUUCGAGUGAUGAUACUCAGAAAAAUCAAUCCACUCCCCAAGUCAUUCCUGCACAAGAUUCGCUUAUUGGAGAUCUUCUUAGUAUGGAUAUUGGUGGACCUCCAGUUGUUCCUGCAGCACCAGCAGCUUCUGCUGGACUUGAUCUUUUAGGUGGUGGAUUAGACGGAAUCCUCGGAGGAACAGAAAAUUCAGCACCAAUUGUUUCUCAAAGUACAACAGGUCUUCUUGGAGAUAUAUUUGGUUUCAACCAAGCUCCAACGUCCUAUGUACCACCGAAAGUUAAUUGGCUUCCUGCGGAAAAAGGAAAAGGUUUUGAUAUUUGGGGAACAUUUUCCAGAAAAAAUGGCCAAAUCAAUAUGGAGAUGACUUUCACCAAUAAAGCUAUGCAACCGAUGGGCGGUUUUGCAAUUCAAUUAAAUAAAAAUAGUUUCGGGCUUACGCCAGCUGCUCCCUUGCAAGUACCAGCACCACUGGGACCUGGAGCUAGUGUAGAAGUUAGUGUAGUACUCUCUACCGGUGGUGCUGUUCAGCGAAUGGAUCCUUUAAAUAAUUUACAAGUUGCAAUUAAAAAUAAUAUUGAUGUGUUUUAUUUUGCGUGUUUGGUUCCAAUGAAUGUAUAUUUUGCUGAAGAUGGCCAAUUAGAUAAAAGAGUUUUUCUUUCUACGUGGAAAGACAUUCCAGCUCAAAAUGAGGUUCAAUACACACUUAAUGGAAUCCUGUUAACAGCAGAUCAAGUAGUUCAGAAAAUGCAACAAAAUAACGUUUUUACGAUUGCUAAAAGGAAUGUAGAAGGUCAAGAUAUGCUAUAUCAGUCCCUGAAGUUAACAAAUAAUGUGUGGGUGCUUAUUGAACUCAAAAUACAACCAGGAAAUCCAGAUGUUACUCUUUCACUCAAAUCACGUACUGUGGAAGUAGCGCCUGGAGUAUUCCAAGCUUAUACGUCUAUUUUACAUUCUUGAACUGAGAAUUUAAAUAAUAAUAAUGAUUUUUUAUCUUUAAUUAAAUAAUUUAAUAAUAUCAGUUAUCCAUAAUAUUAUGACAAAACCAUGUUUUUGUAAAAUUCCAUUAAAAUGAUAAGAAAAAAUAUUCAGAAUGGUAAAAACAGAAUGUGAAAUUUAGACAAAUUUGAUGAAAAUUGUUAUAAAAUAAAUUAUAGACAUAUUUACUUACGUUUAAAUAAUAUAUGUAUUAUAAUAUAAUUUGCAAAAUCUUGAAA